UAAUAAUCUUGAUUCUUGAAUCUCUCCCGUGCUUCACGACCUUCCCCAAUUCAACUGUGUAAAAACUCAAAAACCCAAGCAAAUCCCAUAUCCAUCCCUCACCUUCCAACAAUAAUCCGCAUAAACUUCGAGAUUUGUCAUGUCCAAGGAAGCACCAGCAAAUCAUGGUUACGAUUCCACUGAGGAACCCAGUGUUGUUGUUGACAACGCAGAACCAUCUUCAAAUAUUGCAUCAAAUUCUGAUGUUGAUGCUUUAUCGGCAAAUGAAAAGCCUGAACCCACCACCGCAAAUGACGAUGAUGCUGGUAAUACGAUAAACAACGGUUCUGAGUCUUCAUUGGCCAAUGGGCUCUCGUCUGUCAUCUCUUCUAUAAUUAGGGAUUUCGAUUCCAGAGCUGAAGCCACAGUUCGUAGCCAAGAUCAGCUCUCUUACGCCAUUGAUCGUCUUACCAGAGAGCUUGAUCAACUGCUUGAAGAUGCACCAUUGCCUUUCAUAUUGCAGCAUGCUGCCAAGAUAUCUGGUGUUAGAAAUAGAGUCUCAUCAUUGAAUUCAGUUUUGAAGUCUAUACAACGGCGUGUGGAUAACAUAGAUCGGAUGUUGUCUGCCGGCUUGCUGCAGGAUAAAAUGACCAGGAAAAAUGCUGGACAGCAUUAAUGCAGGCUUUCUAUAGGAGUGCUGUGGAUACAAAGAGCAACUUUUGGAUGACUGGAAAGAUCUUGACAAUCAUAGCUGUCAAGGAGCUGCCUUUGGCGUGAACGAGUCGGUUCCGUAAGUUGAUAUUUAGUGGGGGGAAAACCACGGUGGGUAAUAUUUUCAUGGGUUAUGAAUGUUCAACUGCAGAUGUGUUGUUUUCUCUCUCAAAUGCCUAGUUUUGGGAAGAUCAUGUUACCUUUCCUUGUUGCCUUGAAGGAAAUUUAUGAAUUGCACAUGAUUCAAUUUUUCUGUAUUUGCAGCGAAAAGUGUUGUUAUAUGUAUAUAUAUAUAGUCUAUAGUUUGAAAGGGUCGGGCAUAGAAGAGGGUUGGUUACUCGUUUGGAUCAAAAGCUAUAUACUUUGAAAUAGUAAAUCAUACUUGUGUUUGUGUGGAUCAGAUUGAAAUUUAUCAAACCUCU